CUCCCUAGUUUUCAGAAAAACGAAACAGCCAACUGGAGCAAUAAGCAGCAAUCAAAAUCCCUAGGGUUUUAGUUUUAAUCCGGUUCCAAAUCGCUUUGAGAUCUCAAUUUUCUCGCCGCCCGCUGGUUCGGUCAAUUUCGGUGUCGAUUCUCAAAUCCUAGGGUUUCCUUGAAGCUUGAUAGCCAUCGUCCGCUCCUCUGGAGAGAGAGUGCCUAACAAUUUCGCAUAUUUGAAGACCUGAAUGUCCUAAUGGAGUCCAAAGGUGGUAAAAAGUCUAGUAGUAGUAGUAGUAGUAAAUCAUCAUUAUUCUACGAAGCACCUCUCGGCUACAGCAUCGAAGACAUCCGACCCAACGGUGGAAUUAAGAAGUUCAGAUCGGCUGCUUACUCCAACUGCGCCCGCAAGCCAUCCUGAUAUUCCUCAGUUGGAUUUUUAACCACGAGACGUGGUUUCAGUUUUAUUGCUUUCCUAGGUGUUUGUUUCCGUUUUCUUCAAUCGACAUCUUCCUCUCUUUCUCUCUUUUGCGACUGUCAUCUCUUUGCAACUGCAAUCUGCUUUGAUUUUCUGAUCUUCUUGCAACUGUAAUCAUUCCUGUUAGUCAAUAUGGCCAUGGAGGGAUCUGCUAUUGGAUUUGAAGGUUAUGAAAAGAGGCUAGAAAUAGCAUUUUUCGAGCCGAGUGUCUUUCUCGACCCUGAAGGAAGGGGUCUUCGGUCUCUGUCCAAAGCUCAGAUAGAUGAAUUUCUUGACCAAGCUGAGUGCACCAUCGUCUCAUCAUUGUCGAAUGACGAUGUUGACUCAUAUGUUCUUUCUGAGUCAAGCCUCUUUAUUCAUCCAUACAAGAUGAUCAUCAAAACUUGUGGCACAACCAAGUUGCUCCGUGUGAUCCCGACUGUCCUGCAGUUGGCUGAAACCAUUUCCCUUGCUGUGAGAUCUGUGAAGUACACUCGUGGGAGUUUCAUUUUUCCGGGAGCACAGACGUACCCUCAUCGUAGCUUCUCAGAAGAAGUUUCGGUCCUCGACAGCUACUUCGGGAAGCUUGGGUCAGGAAGCAGGGCGUAUGUGAUGGGCAGGUCAGAUGGACCUCAGAAGUGGCAUGUGUAUUCUGCGACUGCCGAAUCAGCAAGCUUCGUUGAACCUGUGUACACUCUUGAAAUGUGCAUGACUGGUUUGGACAGGGGAAAGGCUUCUGUAUUCUACAAAUCUGAAUCGAGCUCAGCCACAACGAUGACAAACGAAUCUGGUAUCCGAAAAAUCCUUCCAGAUUCCGAUAUUUGUGAUUUCGAGUUUGACCCCUGUGGUUAUUCCAUGAAUUCCAUCGAAGGAGCUGCAAUUUCGACCAUUCACGUCACACCAGAAGAUGGCUUCAGUUAUGCAAGUUUUGAAACUGCUGGAUAUGAUCUGAAAAGUGUAAACCUGAACGAGUUGGUUGAGAGGGUAUUGGUUUGUUUCCAACCAAAAGAAUUCUCCAUAGCUGUGCAUGCCAAUGUUGCUAGCAAGUCACUCCAGCAACAUUCUCUCGUCGAUCUGAAGGGAUACUGUCGCGAAGAGAGCAGCCACGAAGAGCUUGGACUGGGUGGAGCCAUUGUCUACCAGAGGUUCCUGAAGACUGCUGAGCGGUGCGGUUCUCCUCGAUCAACUCUCAAGGGCUGCUGGAGAGAGGAAGAGGAAGAAGAUUAUUAAGCACAAUUGACUAGUAGUUACAUUCGUCAUUUUUCGGAUUUAUGAAUAAAUUACUUAUCAGCGACGGCCUGAUAAUGGUAAAUGGUAGAAUGUCUGAAAGUGUUGUCUUUGAUUAAUCUUUCCAUUCAUGUUGAGUGUUGUUUUCGCAUGAUACAGCACAUCAAACCCUAAGUUGGAUUUAGUUAUUGUAUUCGUAAGAGAUCUGAUGUUGAAGUUCAAUGCUUGGUUAUAUGAAACCUAUGUUUUGUUGUU